AUUCACGCCGCUCGGGAGGAAGUGCUGUGUAGACAGUUCGGCCAACUCCGUAAGAAUAGAAAAAAAUAGAAGAAAAAAACACAAGGGAGAAAAAAAAAACAUUGAAAUUCUUUAAUCGGGUGGGUUCGGAAAGAUUUCUCAAACUAUCGUGAUUGGAGGAAAUCCCCGGCGGGCGAAGCUAAAGUCUUGAGAGCUGGGAUGAUGGAGGAUUCCCAUUUUAAUUCUUCAUACUUUUGGUCUCCUGUGCAGGGACAGAUUGAGAAUGCUGUAUUUCUCAAUAAGGUAAAGGAGCAGCUUGUUCAGGACAAAAGCACCACCUACUCGCAUGGCCCCGCCCACUAUCCCACCACAGCGGUGGUGGCGGUUUCUGGGGGUCCCAUAGAUACAACGACAGCAAGGACACUAAAACAAGAGCAUGCACAACCGUCUCACUCCUCACACAGUAUCACAGUGGUGCCGGUACCGCCUACAGGCAUCAUGACGGCAGCGGGUUUGGUCACUCUGGUGUCUCCUGUAUCAUCUGCUCAGUCCCUUAUUCAUGGACAUCCAUCCACCACCAUGAUAACAGUCCAAACGGACAAGAGAAAUGACUCCUUGACCUGCUCACCGGUCAUCAUCCCGUUACCGUCGAAACGGGGCAGAAAGAAGAAAGCCACACUCCCGUUGAUUGGCUCACCUACUGGGACAGAUGCCUUGAUUUUGGGUCUUUCAGGACAGCAUCAUUCUGCCAACCCUUACAGUCUGUCCUUAGAAGAAGGGCAUGCUGGGAAAGAAGGUGGAAAAACAUACAGGUGCCGGAUGUGUGGUUUGACGUUCUGCAGUAAGUCAGAUAUGCAGCUGCACUCCAAGUCGCACACGGAGGUGAAAGCUCACCAGUGUCCGCACUGCUCCAAAUCCUUCGCUAACACCAGCUACCUGGCCCAGCACAUCCGCAUCCACAGCGGUGCCAAGCCCUACACCUGCUCCUACUGCCAGAAGGCUUUCAGACAGCUCAGUCACUUACAGCAGCACACACGAAACCACACAGAAUCCAAACCUCAUAAGUGUCCUCAUUGCUCGAAAUCCUUCGCCAACACAAGCUACCUUGCUCAGCAUAUACGAAUCCACACAGGAGUUAAACCUUACACCUGUAACUACUGCCAGAAGACCUUCAGACAGCUCAGUCACUUACAGCAACACCACAGGAUCCACACAGGAGACAGGCCAUACAAAUGUUCACACUUGGGUUGUGAGAAGUCUUUCACUCAGCUCUCUAAUCUGCAGUCUCAUCGGCGUCAGCACAACAAGGACAAACCGUAUAAGUGUCACCACUGUAACCGUGGUUAUGUAGACGCAGCCAGCCUGGAGGUUCAUCUGUCCACUCACACAGUCAAGCACGCUAAGCUGUACUCCUGCGGUUUAUGCAACCGCACAUAUACCUCGGAGACGUAUCUGAUGAAACACAUGCGUAAACACGCCCCAGAUAUGCUGCCGUCUCCACCUGGAUCAACCCAGCAAAGCCACAGCCCAGGCCGUGUUGAAGGAGGCGGCUCGGAAGGAGACGCACAGAGCCGUGUCGAGAGGAGCGACGUCUUCGGUCAGCCGUGCAUAUUCGACCUGAACCAGUACAAACCAUUAACUUCUGCUGAUGUGCAGUAUAAAACUGUCAGUGUGUCUGACAUCUCCCCUCACAAAGACCUCUGCAUCACUGUGGAGGCUUCCGCCAUACAGGUGGAACACCUGAACUCAUGAGCGAGGGAUGAAACUUUGGAGUUUAGAAAAAACUGUUGCAAUUACACAGAACUGUGCAUACUGAAAAGAUUUUCUUACUCAAUGCCUUCUCAUUUGUAUGAAGGAGCAAGUGGACUUAAAUGAACAAAAGUGAAGGAGAUAGAUUUUGUAAUAUUUUUCUUUCCAUUUUUUAAACAUUUAUUGCUGUAAUCCUGAUCUUCCUCGCAAAAGCUUCCUUGAAGACUGUGGCUGUUUCAGUGGGUACCCAGCUCA